AUGGUUUCUGUUAGUGGCUUCAUCUCCAAUCCAGUUUCCUUCACUGAACGACCCCCACCAGCAACAUCAGAGGAAGUCGUUGUAUUGCCUAAGCAUUACCAGCAUCUACUGGCCUUGGCAUUUGCAGUAAACGAAAUCAAUGAAAACCCUCAGAUCUUACCCAAUGUCACCUUGGGCUUCCACAUCUAUGACAGCUAUUUCAGUGCACGGCAGACCUAUUAUGCCACAAUGCUAUUCUUAUCCACCUUGGAGAAAUUUAUGCCAAACUACAAAUGUGAUAAUCAACAUAAUUUAAGAGCAAUAAUUGGGGGACUAGAUUCCAGAAUCUCUCUUCACAUGGCAAAUAUCUUGGAUGUAUAUAAGAUUCCACAGCUCAUCUACGGCCCUGCUCCUGUCAUGAAUGCAAAAACUCCAGGCCUUUUCUUCUUCCAGAUGACCCCUCAGGAAGCCCUUCAGUGUGAGGGGAUUCUCUCUUUGCUCCUUCAUUUCAAGUGGAAAUGGAUUGGGGUUGUUGUUACAGAUAAUGACAAUGGGGAACGAUUUCUGCACAUUCUACUUCCACUAUUUUCGAAGAAUGGUGUCUGUUAUGCCUACAUAGAAAGAGUCCCCAAUUUAAGUUACACCACUGAAACUAAUGGCUUGCUGAAGCAGGGGGCAAAGAUAGUUGAUAAAGUGAUAGUCAGCAAUGCAAAUAUCGUGGUAGCCUAUGCAGAAUCAUAUUCCAUGGCUUUAUUUCUAUGGUUUCCAUAUCUCUCAGAACAAGAACACAUGACAAAGAAUGCAAAGGUAUGGAUCACAACAUGCCAUAUGGAGAUCACUUCAUUUGCCUUUCAAAGGAAUUGGGAUACAGCAAUAUUCCAUGGUGCUAUAUCCUUUGGAAUCCACUCCAGUGACCUACCAGGAUUUCAGCAAUUUCUUAAGAGCAUAAAUCCAUCCAGCACUAAAGAAGAUGGUUUUAUCAGGUGCUUCUGGGAACAGGCCUUUGGCUGUGUAUUGCCAAAUAAUAUUGUGGGUGAGGUGGAUGGGGACAUUUGUGUAGGGGAAGAGAAGCUGGAGAGCCUUCCUGGAUCAUUUUUUGAAAUGGGCAUGACUGGCCACAGCUACAGCAUCUACAAUGCUAUCUAUGCUGUGGCCCAUGCCCUACAUCAUGCCAAGUUCUCAUAUAGAGCCAUCCGUGGUGCCAAGAUGGAUGAAGUGGGACCAAAGCUCCAGAAUCUACAGUUUGGGCAGUCCCGGCCUCUUUCUCAGUGUACUGCAAGUUGUCAUCCUGGUUCUCACAAGAAAGUAAAGGAGGGGAAGCCAUUUUGCUGCUAUGAAUGCAUUCCGUGUGCAGAAGGGAAGAUUUCAAACCAGACCGAUAUGCCUGACUGUAACAAAUGCCCAGACAAAGACUUUCCAAGUAAAGAUCAGGAUUUCUGUUUUUCCAAGAGAAUAACUUUCUUGUCUUACGAUGAUCCUUUCGGGCUCAGUUUAGUCUCCUUCACUAUUUCCUUUUCACUGAUCACAGCUCUGGUGCUGGGGACAUUUAUGAAACAUCACAACACUCCCAUAGUCAAAGCCAACAACCGGAGCCUCACCUACACCCUCCUCACCUCCAUUCUCCUCUGCUUCCUUUGUGCAUUCCUAUUCCUUGGCUCUCCUCAAAAGGUGACAUGUCUGCUGCGACAAACUGCCUUUGGCAUGACCUUUUCAGUGGCUGUUUCUUGUGUGCUGGCAAAAACAAUCACUGUGGUUCUGGCUUUUAUGGCCACCAGGCCAGGAUCCAAGAUGAGGAAAUGGGUGGGGAAAAGACUGGCCAUCUCCAUUGUUCUUUUCUGCUCCCUCAUCCAAGCAAGCAUCUCUACUUUAUGGCUGGCCACCUCUCCACCUUUCCCGGAUAUGGACAUGCACUCAAUAAUUGAAGAAAUUGUAUGUGAAUGUAAUGAAGGGUCUGUGACUAUGUUUUAUUCUGUCUUGGGCUACAUGGGGUUCCUGGCAAUUAUCAGUUUCACUGUGGCUUUCCUUGCAAGAAAGUUACCCGAUAGCUUCAACGAAGCCAAAUUCAUCACAUUCAGCAUGCUGGUCUUUUGCAGUGUCUGGUUAUCAUUUGUUCCCACCUACCUCAGCACAAAAGGAAAAUACAUGGUAGCCGCGGAGAUUUUCUCAAUAUUAGCCUCCAGCAUUGGAUUGCUGGGUUGCAUCUUUUUCCCUAAAUAUUACAUUGUUGUAUUUAGACCUGAGCUGAAUAAGAGGGAACAGCUAAUAAGAAGAUAA